ACGGCCUUAGACGACCAUUAUAAUGUUUGUAAUACACCAACAAUUCUAGUACCAGCGGAGCGGAUGGCUGCCAACAACAAGUAAAAUCACGUGAUAGAGAUCAGGUACAGUACGUUAGGAAGAGGAGCUACCAUAUCAAGACGAGAAAAAAGCAGACGAUAACACAUUUUGAUAUCGUGCGUGCAUCAGUAGAAUGGCAGCUGAAAAGCAUUCACCAAUCAGUUCGACAACCUAUGUGGAUGGGGGUACCCCUAUUCGAUAUCCACAAUCUAGUAAUCCCUCGGUGAGAGUGGGAAAGUACCUGACAGUGUUGCGGCAAUCCUUAAUUGACGAAUAUGGCGUAUUUUCCGCCAAAAUCGGCCCAACAGCGUCUUGCAUCAGGCUUCAGCUGGCGGGCAUAGACGCCCGAUUACCGCUUAAGGCUAGAUCAUUUGCCGAAGACAAACUUCCACUGCAGCAGAAGGUUUGGGCGAAAGUGAUUUCUGGCCCAAAUGCGCAAGGAAUUUACACAUGCUCUUUUCAGCACAUCACUCAUGACGGGAACGCGGUUGCAUUGGAGGAACUGGUGAGGGAGUUCUGGAGGGACCUCAGGGUAAAGUCCUUACAUUCUCCGUCCGCCGACGUAACGACAAAGGGAAGCUGCAUUAUGCGUGCUGGUAAACCGGCUCCCAUACAGGAACAAAGCUACUCUAUCGUCCACAGAAAGCGUCCAGCCCAGUCAUCUGAUAUUCCGGAGAAUGACUCUGCCUCAUCCUGUUCGCCAAGUAAAGGUAAAAAUCACCAAUGGCGUGGUUUCAGGUGCCCGGUGGCAGGGUGUGGGAAAGUGAAAGGAUAUCCCAAGAUACACCUGAGCACACACGUGCCAGCCUUCAUGACAGAAUCCUCCGACGACCUUACUCCAGCCACAUCCCGUACCAGAUGGGUGUAUCUACAAGAGUUGGCCACCAUAGGACCUGUUUCUGAAGGUGAUCUUGACCAGGCAGUACAGCGAAUCAACGACGCCAGAUACAUAGAGUUUGGGUUUGUCAUUACACCGCGGCUGUGGGAGCUCAUUGCAGCCAUGGCAAGCGUUGUAGGGAUGCCAAUGCCAGAAGAAAUCCAGCUGAUCCCAAUAUGCUCCCCGUUAGCUCUGCUGCAUACCAGGUGUUUAUUAUUUCUUGCUGCGGAAGCAGAUCCUCAAAAGCUGGCUGAGUUAAACCAGUGGUACACGCAGACACGUCAUCGAGCACCGACUAGGGCCUGUGUGGAGGUACUGGAUUCGACGUCCAUGAAGGUAGCCAAGGGCCGAGGAGAAGCUCUCUCUUCUGUCUUGGAGUGCCAUCGCCGAAGUAAAGCCAUGGAAAGUAAAUCAAAGCCGACGUUGCAGCGUAUACCAAAUUUGAGAGCACUACAUUUCUAAUAUUAUUUUGCCUUGUGGAAAUCACACCUUCGAUGACAACUGAUGAUUAUAUAGUGGAAAAAUCUAUUUCUUCUAUGGUUUUAUACACAAAUAGGCGCCAUCCAUCGUUUUAUUUGGAGAUAAACACUUGUCCGGUGGCACCUGUCGAAUUUGGUUCAUACUUGAGCAAUAUAUGCCUUGGCGCAAACAAAAGCAACGCUCCUACAUCAGUCACCACAUAUUUUCAGAAGGAACAACUUAAAAUCAAACUCGCACUACCCAGAUUGAAGCAAACGUAAAUAUAGUUGCCUACACAGCAAAUAUACAGUAUAGUACGUACUGUGUGACGUCACAGCCUAGCUAAACUUUUUCACAAUAGGGCGUAGAAAAUAUCCAUCGAACAGCCGCAUAUUGGAGUGCUGGCAUAUUGUGCGUCAACCUGAUAGAUUGCGUCAACCUGAUACAUUUCGAGUGUGUCAUGGUGUGAACCAACAUUUUCAACAAGGCGGCAUUAAUUAAAUUUGCCUCUCCAUCUGGUGAUAAAGACAUCUCCGAUGGAAUAAUAGUUCAUGAUGGUUGUGUUGUUUACGGAAAGUUAAUAGUUCAUGUUGGUUUUGUUGUUUUUUAAGUUACGAGUUUUUUUUGUGUUAUUGUUGGUUUUGCGGGGGAAAAUUAAAAAAAAUCUUGAAACAGAGAAGUUAGCUGAUGAAAGAAAGAACUCUAUAACAGGUGUAUCUCACAUAGCCGAGCAAGCGAGGGGAUGAACACGAGACACUGUAGAGAUAAAAGCAAAAAUUAUACUUACACCUACUGAUAGAGUAAAGCGAUAUUUCAGCGAUGAUUAGGUAAGUAAAGAGCUUUGUUGUCCUUUAAAGCCAGGCUCAGGAGGGAAAAUGUUUAGAUACGUUGUACAACUGAUGUUUUCCAACUCAUUG